AUGUCUCUCAAGAAAGAUUCCCACCCCUCCUCUGCUGCCUUCGACGUCAUCAACCAGACGCUCCAGGCCAACGAAGCCGACCGCAAGGAUGCCCUCAGCAAGGCUAAGGCUAUCUUCGCCUUCAACCUGAAGAACUCCAGUGGUGAAGAGUCUGCCUGGUACCUUGACCUCAAGAACAAGGGCGAGGUUGGACAGGGUAUUGCCCCUGCUGGCGAGAAGGCUGAUGUAACCCUCUCCCUCUCCGACGCUGACUUUAGUCAGCUCGUUUCCGGCAAGGCCAAUGCUCAGCGUUUGUUCAUGGGCGGCAAGUUGAAGAUCAAGGGUAACAUCAUGAAGGCGACCAAGAUGGAGCCUAUCCUGAAGAAGGCCCAGGGCGGUGCCAAGCUGUAA